AUGAAGUUCGCGUACCAGUUCCAGCACCUUUGCGGCAGCGUCUACUCGCAGGGUAACGUGACCUUCACGCCCGACGGCAACUCAGUACUCAGCCCCGUGGGCAACCGCAUCACCCAGUUUGACCUCGUCAACAAUACGUCGCGAACUUUUGCCUUUGAAGCGCGCAAGAAUGUGGAACGCAUAGCUGUCUCGCACGACUCGCGAUUGCUGCUGGCUGUGGACGAGGACGGUCGCUGUUUGUUAGUCAACUUGAAGCGUGGCGCUGUGCUCUACCGAUUCCACUUCAAGCAAUCCGUCAAAGCCUUGAACUUCAGUCCUGACAACCGCUACAUUGCCGUUGCUAUCGGCAACAAGGUGCAGCUGUGGCGUACACCGGGCCUAGUGCGCGAGUUCGCUCCGUUCGUGUUGCAUCGCACGUACGCUGGACAUUACGCUGAUGUGGUGAGCGUCUCGUGGUCUCACGAUUCCAAGUUCUUCGUCACGGGUGCUGAGGAUCUAUCGGCGCGUGUGUUCUCCGUGGACCCGUACCCCGGAUUUAAGCCAUUGACGCUCUCAGGCCACCGCGAUGUGGUCGUGGGCGCCUUCUUCGCAGAAGAUGACAGAUCAAUUUUCACAGUUGGACGCGAUGGCGGCGCUUUCGAAUGGAAAUACAAACUGCCAGAUGUGGAGAUGCUGGAACGGACCUCAGAGGAGAGUGAGGACAACGAAGAAGAGGAGAAGGAGGAGAAUAAAGACAAAGAAAGCGACAGCGACGAGAGCGAAAGCGAGGAUGAAAGUGCCGGCAAGAAGCGCAAGCGUAAACUGUCCGAAGAGAAGGAAUUAAUCCCGGAAAUUGCCCGUGCUACUAAGUGGUACACGUGCCAGAAGCACGUUCUCAAAAUGGACUUCGCCAAGGUGCUGUGCUGCACCUUCCACUCGUCCACAGGAAUGCUCGUGGUUGGCUUUGGCAACGGCACGUUCGGUCUGUACGAACUACCGGCAUUUGUAAACAUCCACACGCUGAGUGUCACGCAGAACGAGCUGGAGACAGUAGCAGUGAACGCCACUGGAGAGUGGCUCGCCUUCGCCUCGCGUAAGCUUGGCCAGCUGCUGGUCUGGGAAUGGCGUUCGGAGACGUAUGUCCUCAAACAACAAGGACACUACUUCGAUCUGAACGCUGCGAGCUACUCACCCGACGGACGCCUACUAGCCACGGGAGCCGACGAUGCCAAACUCAAGCUUUGGGACACCAACAGCGGCUUCUGCUAUGUCACUUUCACAGAACACGCGGCUCCCGUGACGGCCGUGCAGUUCGCUCCCUCCGGCCAAGCCGUUUUGAGUGCCUCUCUAGACGGUACAGUUCGUGCGUUUGACCUGAACCGAUACAAGAACUUCCGCGUCCUGACCACACCAGAACCCACGCAGUUCCUCUCCUUGGCGUUGGAUCCGAGUGGCCAGGUCGUGUGCGCUGGUUCGAUGGACCCGUUCAACGUGUACGUCUGGUCGCUGCAGACUGGACGACUCACAGACGUGCUCAGUGGCCACACAGGACCCGUGACUUCUCUGUCGUUCUCGCCUUCGUCUUCUGCCGAGCCCAUUCUGGCUUCUUCGUCGUGGGACCACACGGUGCGUCUCUGGAAUUUGUUUGCCAGCAAGAAGAGCUUCAUCGAGCCCCUCGCUCACCCCACAGACGUACUGGCUGUUGCCUUCCGUCCGGAUGGAAAGCAGCUCGCUUCAACUACACUUAACGGUGCCAUUAACAUUUGGGACGUCAAGGAUGGCGAGCAAGUUGGCACAAUCGAUGGCAAGCGUGACAUUGCUGGUGGUCGUAAAGAAGGAGACCACAUCACAGCGGCGAACAACCAGCUCACCAAACACUUCACGAGUGUUUGCUACUCGGCUGACGGCUUGUUGCUGCUUGCUGGCGGACGCUCUAAAUUCGUGUGCAUCUACGCAGUGGAGCCGCAGAUUUUGCUCAAGAAGUUCCAGAUCUCACACAACUUGUCACUUGACGGCAUCUUGGAGCAGCUUAACAGCAAGAACGUUACGGAGAGUGGUCUAAGUAAGAGCGAACUGGAUGCUCAUUUGGACGACUCGGAGGCUUCGGGUCGCAAUGCCGGUGACAGUCUCGUGGGUGCGAAGCGUGCCGUUGACCCUGGUAGUCGGCGCAAGAACAUGGAGGUGCUGUCUAAGGCGGUUCUGUUCUCCCCGACAGGACGUGCGUGGGCUGCUGCGACCACAGAAGGUCUGCUGAUCUAUGGACUGGAUGAGAGUCUGGCGUUCGACCCGUUUGAGCUGGACGAGGACAUCACACCCGAAACCAUCACACAGACACUGGCACGACGCGAGUACGCUCGUGCGCUGGUUAUGGCGCUGCAUCUGAAUGAGGAGCCGCUUAUUGCUCGAUGUGUGGAAGGCGUUCCGAUCGCUAGUAUUCCUCUAGUGGCACAGACUCUGCGUGGCGAGAUGUAUCUGCAGCGAUUGCUGCAGCUGCUAGCCAAGAGGAUGGAGCGUAGUCCGCAUCUCGAGUUCUACCUCCAGUGGAGUCUUGCGGUGCUAAACACGCACGGCCAGACUCUGCGCGAUGACCCAUCGAGCAGUGCCACAUGCCUGCCGACCCUGCGUUCACUGCAGAAGAGUAUUGCUCGCCAUCUGCAGGACCUUGCCAAGAUUUGCGAUGACAACCAGUUUACGCUCAGUUACCUCAAGAACCUUAGCAAGAUGCAGCAGAUGCAGAAGACCCAAUAG